CACCGUUGAGAUAUAACAAUGAUGCAGCCGUCCGCACGCAGAUGUCAAGGGUACCACUUGCAGCAAGGAUAUCUCACCGGUGCUCGGCGUCUAUAUAAAAGACACACACGCUGGAAACUGCGUAGUCGUGGACAAGUGAAUCUCCGGCCAAUAAGGUGGACAGACAUAAGAUAAAGCUGUUGUGACGUUAUUUGCAGCAUUUCUAGGGAUCAGGUAUGUACACAGCGAAGGCCAUUGGUACCCAGAGAGCUGCAACUCGGCAGUAGUUCAGAAAACUCUCGUCAGUGAUCAGCGCGGAACUCCGGUUAAAAAAAGAUAUACAGCCAAUAUGACACCAGAUACCCCGAUGAUCGGGACGGUGGGACAGUACAUUGUUCCACUUGCGUUACCCCUUCUACUGCCCAUGGUGUUGCUACUCGUGAUGCGUCGUUUGUGGUACGAGUACUUCUUCCUAAGCAGGGAUCCGGCUUUCGAUACCCCUCUGCCGGACGGUGGCAUGGGAUGGCCCUUGAUCGGAGAAACCAUCUCGUUCGCUCUUCAGGGCUCAGAUUUUUACGACAAGAAGUUCCAGCAACACGGUCGAAUUUUUAAGACACAUCUGUUCGGCCGCCCAACGGUCCGCGUCCGAGGCGCAGAUAACAUCCGUAAGAUUCUCCACGGCGAAAACGACAUCGUGACUUCGUACUGGCCGACCACGACCAGAAUCAUCUUCGGUUCCGAUUGUCUGUCGCAGAGCCAAGGCCCGUACCACACCAGGCUCCGCAAGCACGUGGCCAGUGCCUUCUCCCACACGGCGCUGUCCGGCUACGUCUCCCUGGUGCAGCCUCUCAUCAUUGAGACGAUCAACGACUGGUGCAAGGCUACGAAUGGUGUGGCAGUGUAUCCCGAGUGCAGAGCUCUGACUUUCAGGGUCGCUGGCAAAGUCCUGUGCGGUUUCGACUGCAGCAAGUCAGAGACUGCCUCACUGAUUGACUACUUUGAAGACAUCGUUUACUGCCUCUUCUGCUUGCCCAUCAACAUACCUGGAGGUGGCUUCAAUAAGGGUCUGAAAGCACGUGACCUCAUUGCCAAGCGAAUCAAGGAAAACAUACUCCGUAAGAUGGACAAUGAUGAUACCCAGGAUGCAUUGCGCAUAUUGAUGGAACAGGACACAGAGACCGGGGAGAUUCCUUCAACUCCGGCAAUCGUGGCCAACGCCAUCGAUCUUCUCGUGGCUGGGUACGCAUCCACUGCAAGUGCCGCUUGCAGCAUCCUCCGCGACCUUCACAACAACAAGCACGUCCUGGCCAGGGUCCGCCGUGAGCUAGCCGACCACGGCAUGACACAGGCCGGCAGUCCGCUGUCGCUCGAAGACAUGAACCAGUUGAAGUACGUGUCCAAUGUAGUGAAGGAAAUCUUGCGGAUGUCGCCACCCAUCGGAGCCGCUUUCAGAAAGGCCCUCCGUACUUUUGAGUUGGACGGCAAGCAGAUUCCGGCUGGAUGGACGGUCUUAUACAGCAUCCGUGAGACUGUUGGCUUGUCCGACACGUUCGCAGACAAGGCCAAGUUCGAUCCCGAUCGCUUCUCCUCAGAGCGGUGCGAGGACCGCAACGGCGACCGCUACAACUACUGCAUAUUCGGCGGUGGGCCACGGUCGUGCAUCGGCAAGUCGUUCGCCGUGAUGCUGAUGCGCAUGAUGGUCAUCGAACUGGCGCGGAGCUGUGACUGGGAGCUCCUCAAGCCCGACUCGCUGAAGAUGACGCAGUUACCGACGCCCCAUCCCGUGGACGGCAUGCCGGUCAAAUUCACUGCCUUGAACAACGUCGAUCAUAAUUCUAACAGUUUUGUCUUCACGGAGUGUGAGUCGGAGAACGCUUCUGAUUCCAUUCAGAGCUCAGGCCCGUAGGCCAAACACAUCUUCUUGAAUCGUUUCUAAAAGUGUACCAGGAAAACAAAGAUCUGUGGAUUCAAAGAAAUAGUUAUGCAUAUUAUUACAACAGCCAAGAAAAUAUUUCCAUUUCCAUUCUAGAAAAUCGCUUAAAAAUGUGUUUGUGGUUGGGUAGGGUUUUUUUGGGGGGGGAGGGGGGGAGCACAAUUUUUUAUUUUUUAUUUUCAGUGGUGUAACAAAGGCUAACAUUCUGAGUGGGCACCUGGAGUGCACACAUUUUUCAAAGGGGUUCCUGAAGGCAAGCGAUUUGUACUUAAUUCUAGAUCUGUUCAAUUCAAGAUUUCAA